ACGCCGAGAGGAGGGGAAAGCGCGCGGGACUAGGGGCGGGCGGCCGAACUGCAGAGCUCGGGGAGCAAACCCGGACGGCAGAGGCGGACGGCGACGGUGCUCCGAGGCGCCGCGCACCCAGCAGGACCGCGGCGGACCCGCGGUUGCCCGGAGGGGGCGGCGAGCGCGGGCGGCGGCUCCCGGGGACCCACGUGGCUGCGGCUGCUCAGGCGGCAACUGCUGCGGCGCCCAGGGCGCUCGGAACGGCCAGGAGCCUCCGGCCGCGGGGUGCGGAACCGCCCGAGGGCGCCGGGCAAGGGGUUGGCGUCCGCUCCGCACCUGCGCUGCUCGGCCCGACCCAUGUUUCUGCCCUCGGGGUCCCAGGAGCUCCGGAAGAAGGCGGCGGGCACCGGGUGGCCCGCGUCAGGCUGAUCCCCGCCGCCCACCCGCCCGCGGGAUGAGGCAGUCCGCGCUGCGAGCCCCCGCGCUGCUGACCUGCUGCUGCUUGCUGCUCGCCUCCGUGAAUGGCAUUCACCCAGAAUGCCGAUUUCAUUUGGAAAUACAAGAGGAGGAAACAAAAUGUGCAGAACUUCUAAGUGCCCAAACAGAAAAAUACAAAGCCUGCAGUGGUGUCUGGGACAACAUUACCUGCUGGCGCCCCGCUGAUAUAGGAGAGACUGUCACAGUCCCCUGCCCAAAAGUUUUCAGCAAUUUUUACAGCAAACCAGGAAACAUAAGCAAAAAUUGUACAAGUGAUGGAUGGUCCGAGAUGUUUCCAGAUUUCAUAAAUGCAUGUGGCUAUAAUGACCUUGAGGAUGAAAACAAGAUCACGUUUUAUAUUCUGGUGAAGGCCGUUUAUACCCUGGGGUACAGUGUCUCUCUGAUUUCCCUUACAACCGGAAGUAUAAUUCUUUGCCUCUUCAGGAAACUGCACUGCACCCGGAACUACAUCCACCUGAAUCUGUUCCUCUCUUUCAUCCUGAGAGCCAUCUCGGUGCUGGUCAAGGAUGACAUCCUCUACUCCAGCUCUGGCACGCUGCACUGCCCCGACCAGCCAUCCUCGUGGGUUGGCUGCAAGUUGAGUUUGGUGUUCUUCCAGUACUGUAUCAUGGCAAACUUUUACUGGCUUUUAGUGGAAGGACUCUACCUCCACACCCUCCUUGUGGCUAUCUUCUCCCCAAACAGAUACUUCAUGGUCUACCUUCUGAUUGGAUGGGGCAUCCCCACUCUGUGCAUAGUUGUCUGGACGGUGACGAGGCUCUUUCUAGAAGACACAGGUUGCUGGGAUACAAACGAACACAGUGUUCCCUGGUGGGUUAUACGAAUACCAAUUUUAAUUUCUAUUAUAGUCAAUUUUGUCCUUUUCAUUAGUAUUAUAAGAAUUUUACUGCAGAAGUUAACAUCACCAGAUGUUGGCGGCAAUGAUCAAUCACAGUAUAAGAGACUUGCCAAGUCUACAUUGCUGCUGAUCCCAUUGUUUGGAGUUCACUAUAUGGUGUUUGCUGUAUUUCCUAUCCGCAUUUCCUCCAAGUAUCAAAUACUAUUUGAGUUGUGCAUCGGAUCAUUUCAGGGCCUGGUUGUGGCGGUUCUCUACUGUUUUCUGAACAGUGAAGUACAGUGUGAGCUGAAAAGAAAAUGGCGGAGCUUUUGUCCCAACCAGUCAAUGAGCCGGGAUUAUAGACUCCAUAGCUCUUCAAUUUCUAGAAAUGGCUCAGAAAGUGCCCUGCAGUUCCACCGGAAUUCCAGAGCCCAGUCGUUCCUGCAGACUGAAACGUCGGUCAUCUAGCCAAUGCCCACCUGCCCACAUUUGCAAACAAACUGAAGACUGUAUAAAAUUAUUUUCAAACCAUGGUGGGUUUUUUCUAAAACAUGUGAUGCGUGUUUGCUUUCUUCCUGUUUUCUGUGCUAGGAAUGACCUACUUGGGUAAAUCAGUGCUGUCUUGACUUGAUAGAGCUGAUCGUUAACUUAAUCCCAUACCUGGAACUUGGGUUAUAUUGUAAUUUGCUUGGAUUUAAAUGGUAACUAUUGUUAAACUCCAGCAUCUAAGUAAUUUUGUUCAUAAGACAUUUAGGACUUGGAAUGUUGUCAGCCAUGUAGCUGGAUCCAUUUUUAAAGAGAAUAGGGGAGCAGGAGGUGAUCACUAAAAUAGCAAAACAAAAUGUAAUGGCCCAUAAUUGGUGACUGACAACCACUGGAAGGAAAACGAGAUAAUUUUCUAUUCUCAGUGUCUCCUCUCAUAAAAUGCCCUCUAGUUUCAGUAAGAAGCAGAAGCACUAUAACCAGUGGGUGCUGGGCCCUGAGGUUACAGAGGGACAGAGGCAGCCUUCCCCUCUGGUUGGAAUCAGACCCACAUCAGUGAACCUCUCUCUGUUUCUGGGUCCUACAAGGGGCAUCCCUCGUAUAGAAGCUGGAUUAGGAAUUUCCUGAAAUUACACCUAACUAUCCAAGUAAACUGCAAGCCAAGGUGGACUGAGCAAAACCAGAAAGAGCAGAUAACCCAGCCCCUCCCUCCCAUGCUCUGCCGGGGCUGCCCCUGCCCCACACUGCCCAGUUCCUAGACUCUCCUCUGCCCCACUGCCCCCCACCACCACCACCACCAGAAUUAGCCCAGCCUUGGCCCAUUCCCACAGGGCUUUUACGGCCUCAGCAAAGAAAGUGGGUGAAAAGAUAAUCAGGUACUAACAGCAGAAUAAUCAUCAUAAUAGCGUGUUACCCCUUUCAGGGGCAUUUUCGUUUUAACUAGGGCCCUUCAACCAAUGACAGAUACCUUAUGGGGCAAUUUGAGUCACCGUUACCAAGCAGGUAGCAAGAAUAUUUUUGUGCAAGGAGGUCUUUCCACACCACACAAACUCUGCCACAUGGGGAGUCCUCACAACUCCCCACGGACCCUCUGCCAGCCACUGAACUCACCAUCAUCUGAAUUCAGAGCAACACGGAACACAGAAGGAGUCGUGCCUUGUGGUUCCAUGCGGAACGGGAAAUGUGUUCUCUUUUUAAUGAAAAUAAUCUUAAAAUCAUUUGUUUAAAUGGAGAAUUAUUUUAACAAAAUAUAAAGAAAAUAUUUCUCAAGCAUUCAAAUCUGACAUUAGCAAAUGGCAGUCCUAGCUUUUAGUUUCCUGGAUUACUUGCAGAUUUGGAGAGGUGUGUCUGGGAGAAAUCGCUGAAAUGGCAGCUGAAGGGAAAUCGGAGGAGGGGGGAAGGAAAACAUUGGAAAGGUGUCCAGACGGCUGGGAACUGCACAGUCUCCAUUUCCUAUGCACAAAUCCUUUUUUCCUUAUCCUCCCUUACAGCAUCCAACAGACCUGUGAAGACUCUGCCCAAAACCUGGUCAAAGUGCCUCAAACGCUGAUCUCAGUUCUUUAGAAUGAGGGCGGUGGAGUCCUUUUCCUCUGGUGUAUUUGUGGCGUUCUAGACCCUGGCCGGUCUGCAGAUGCUGCCUGUCGGGUUAGCUGUUGUAAGGGCGCAGGAGCUGGCGGGUAGAGGGCAGGCAGGGAGGGCGGUCGUGAGGGGACGCGGCAGCCUCGGGGUCUCAGGUCCCCCAGGCCAGGAAGCCUACGAAUCUAAACGGCUUGCAGUCAGCCUGACAGUGUUAUUUUAGUUUGUGCAGCUCAUUUCCCCGAUAAAAUAGGACCAGGCAAAAGGGGAUUCCGUGAUAGCAGGAUAGCAGUGUCUUCAGAGAUUAACUUAAGCCACCGAGAGCCAGGACUGGCCAUUUAAUAAAAUCUCUAGCUAGAUCGGCCCAACAUGGCAGCCCCAGACCUCACGCCGGCCGGUUCCCGGCACUAGAUGCCGUCAUGGUGCUCCUCGCCCUGACGCGAUGGAGCCUCCUGGAAUCCACCUGAACCAGCUGAACAGUGGGUUUCCAAGUUUUUCUGGAGUCAUUGGUGAGGUGGGCAGGUUGUCAAAGGACUUGGAAAACUCUUGAAUUUACCACUUCCCUAGGGCUGCAGAGGCCUGUUUAGUAAACGUUAUCACGUCAGCAGCCGGGCCGGGAAGUCCUGGGGAGAGGGGAGGAGAUCUGAUGGCCCAGGCCCGGGCACCUCCGCAUCUUCUCAACAAAGGGCGGCUGGCAGUGAUGCGACAGAAGAGACGGGAUUGGAAGCCGGAAAACCUAGAUAUUAGUCCCGCCUCUGGGCUGCUCUCUUUUCUGUGUAAUCUUGGGCAAACCACCUACCCUCCUUGAGCUUCCUAUCUUUAAAACGAGGAUAUAAGUAUCUGCCCUGUCCACUCACUGCAUUCUUUGAGGUAAUGCUAAUAUUUGUAAAAGAAAGUGUUUUGUAAACUUUAAGGUGCUACUCUGAUACAAAAGAGAAGGAUGAUGGGAUGUGCCCAGGCCCAGGUCAAAUAUUAGUCCCCUCACAGUUUAGAAUAUGCCUGGAAAUAGAAACAGGGAAGGGAGAGAUCAGUAAAAUUCUCCAUUAAAUAUGGGCCAAGGCUAAGCAGAGCCAGGAACUAUUUUAUCUCGCCUGGUAAAAAGAAAAGGGAAGGUGGUAAAAAGAAUAUCUACUGAUGGAAUGGGUUAGUUAAUAGAGUGGGUGAUCAAAUAGUCAACAUUCAUUGCUUUAAAAUGUAUGUAAAUGUGUACAAAAUAUCAGCUCUAGUGUAUUCCUCCAUGUGAUGAGCAAUGAGCUAUGUAAAUAUUUCAAUAAAAUCUAAUUUCAUAUCUGUAAGCUGAGUAAGAAUUCACUCUGACCAGCCAACAGAGCUCACUGGAAGGUGCUUGAAGAGAGGAAUAAAUGGGGCUUUUCCAGCUUUUCCCCACACACCUCACCUCAACUCUGCAGGAUCUGAAAGCCGUUUAACUAAGAGCAGGAUUGAGUGUGUGUGUGUGCACACACAUGCCUGAUCCUUAACCACAUAUAUGCUACAGGCUGAUAAAGUCUAUUUCUAAUAAACUCCCAUGUUCAACCAAACUGCUUCAUUGUCAGGGGAAAUAUAGCACACUGCUAAAAAUCAGAUUGUCAAGAGACAGAGCUUAGAUAUGAGCUAAAAGGACCCGACUCCAGCAAAUUUAAUGUGAGCAAAGUAGGCCGAAAGGAGAUAAGGCCUCGGCACAUGGCAACCUCGGUCCCAGCCCUUUAGGCAACUAGUAUUAUGAGUGCUGUUUGAUUGUAGGAGGGUGUUUUUUGGUGCUGACUUAAGGUAGGAAAAUAUUCCAGAUAGGUUGGAGGGAAAUCAAUACUUGACAGUAGGACUGAAGGUAUGUAAAGGGCUCAGGUGCACAACUGAAGAAAACACCCUCUGCUCCAUACCAAGAAAUAGCUGGUAAAUUCUUAUGAAAAAUCUUUUAAAAUGGCUAUUUUUUUUUUCAGGUUUUUGAGUUACAUAAGUAAUACAGGAAGAUUAUAAAAAUUCAAAUAUUAUAGGUAAAUAUUACCUAGAAAGUGAAAAACCUCUCUGAAUUCCAUCCUCCUCCUACAACCUCCUCUAUGUCCAUGCAAACUUAUCAUUCCCUCUCCCUCUUUCUUCUUUUCCUCCAUGUAAAAUAUUUUAUAGAAUCAUACAUUGUCAUGUUGUAUAGAAGGGUCUGCAACUUACUUUUUCCAGUUAAGACAGUUUGUGGAAAUCUUUCAUAUCUGUACAUACAUACGUACAAUUUUUAACAGCUGCAUAAUAUUCCAUAAUAUGGCCAUAACUUAGUUUAUUCAACCAAGUCCCUAAUGAAGAAUAUUUGAGUUGCUUCUUACCAAUGUGUGUAUCUGUGCAAAAAUUUCUACAGAAUAAUUUCCUAACAGUGGGAAUAUUGGGUUAAAGGGCAUAAACAUUGAAUUCUUGAUAGGUAUUUGCCAUACGAAAAGUUGGUUAUCAGUUCACACUCCCAACAACACUGUUGCAGUGCUCAGUUCCUUACUGUCUCUUAAAAUAUUUGCAUUAGCAAUGUUUUAACCUCUUCCGGCCUGAUAGGUAGAAAGCCACUCAUUUUAAUUUGGCUUUCUGUAAUUAUGACUGUGAGCAACUCUUCAUGAUUUUUAUCCAUUUGCAUCCUUCUUUUCAUAGAUUGUUUUUUCUUUAAUUCUAAUAUAAAGCUGAGCCUCCGCCUGAUCCACAAACAUCAUUGGACAGUUAACCAGUCUAGCAGGUUUUCAAGACAGCACCUCUCUAAAUGGCAUAUCCUGCUUGCCAUUUUACAAAUUAAUGUUUUUAUUCUUGGGAAACAGGGAAGAGAAAGAGAAUUGACUGCUCAACAGAGAGCAUGUAUUAUUGGCAUUGUCGUCCUUUCUGCCUUUGUGAGACCACUGUGUGCUCUUAGAGGGUUCUGCCUAGCAUGGAAACAUUAUAAAGGAUUUAGGGCAUCUUUUUAUACAGAAAGGUUUUCUUUGGAAGAUGGAAAGAACAGGGACUCUCACAUCUUUUAUGUUCUCUAAAGGUUUAAUAAGGAAAGUGGAGUGGAUAAGAGAUUGUAGGUAGGUGGUCUCCUUGCUUAUGAUAAACAGACCCACCAUAGCCUUUGCAGUGACAUGGACAAAGCCUCAUUCACUGUUCAGCAGGUUUUUAGCAGGUGUACUAAUCCCCAGAGCUAUUGGCAUCUUUUGAAAGUUACUUUUAUUCAACACCUGGAACUGAAGAAAUAAUAAGGGAAAAAAAUAAACUAUUUGACUAUAAUUAUGGAAUAAUGAGACUUAGUAAAACCAAUCUCUCUUUUUGAAAUUUAGGAUUUUACAUGUCCUUUGUGAUGUUAAGUUUGUAUGUGAUAAAGUCUAAGAAAGCGUACAUAAAUUCAGUAAACCUUAAAAACCCAAGCCAUCACUGUUGGAAUAAUUACAAUUAUGAAUCUAGAAUAUGCAUAUUUUGUUAAUUUCCAAUCAUAAAAUUAUUCAGAUUCAAAUAUAAACAAUACAGUAAAGCCCAUUAUAACAUGACUUACAAUUAUGCAGAUUUUUACACAGCAUGGGUAAGGAUUGUCUUCCCAAAUUUAUCAACGUUCAAUCAAAUUCUGAGUAUUUAUUAAUUUUAUAAACUCUAUAGAAGCGACAGAGAUGCAUAAGACAGCCCCAUCCUAUGUAUCUUGUGUUUUGUAUGCUUAAAACAUGUGCGUGUGUGUGUGUGUUUAAAGCACAUGUAUUUAGCGAACACUUGGAUAAAAAUUAUUUAUAUACAAGUGUUCCAAGUUAGCUGUUCCCUUUGCCCUCUGAGAAGACUUUUGGCUUGGCUCACUUCAGCCUCUGUCUUUCCCAACCCUCCAAAGAGAGUUCUACCUUGUCAGACUGAUUCUUGAGCUUUUGUGACAAAGAAUCUAAAGGAAAGAAAGAGAUAAGAAGGAAAACAAGGGAUGAAAAGAUCAAGGACUGCACAGGGAUAUUUUUUCUUGGCCAUAAUGAUAGGAGACAAGUUUAAGCAAAAAAGCAAGAAAAAGAAGAGUCAGAUGGGAAUACAGUGAUUUGGCUUUGGUAUCAUUCCAAAUGCAAAAUGAAGGGAUCAGGGUUCGAAUCACAGAAGUAGAAAUGAAGAGAAUGACUAGUAGCAAUGACUAGGGGAGAUACAUUAUGAAAGAAAAUUUUCCACAACUUGGGAAGACAGUCUAUAAAAGAGGUGAUGUCUCUGGGACUCGGGGGUUGCCUAAUGCCUUAAAAUAGUGAUAUUAUCCUGUUGCAAGACUUCUGUAUUUUUAUCAAUUGCCUAAAUGCCUGAUCAAUGCCAAAAUAUGCUUUAAAAUGGACUUUGUCAUUUGCUUAGACACUUGCAAAUAAAAUUGCUUUGCUUUUUAAAGUUUUA